AUGGAGAAGGGAAAAGCCUUUGAAUUUGUGGCCCCGGAUGGUGGGUUCGGAUAUGUUAUAAUGUUAGCGGUGUUUAUCAAUUUGUCUGUUUUUAGUGCAUUUAUAAACUGCUAUGGGAUAAUAUACAAGGACUUUUUCACUGAACUGGGUAUGGACUCGACAAAUGUAACAGCUUUGAGUGGAAUAAACGCAAUAAGUUCAGCUUUAGCGAGUUUAAUGACACCGUACUUUCUCACAUUGCUGACGAAACGAAAGACAGCCCUGAACUUUGGACAAGGGUUAAUAUACAAUGUCUCUACGUCGGCACUAAAUGAAUACUUUGUAAAGAGGCGGACUUUAGCCAUCAGUGUGUCACAGACUUUAUUGGCGGUCGUAUGUCUCGCGGCACCACAAUGUUUCAAUUGGUCUUUGGAUACGUUCGGACAUAGAAGUACUUUAAUAUGGGUUUGUGCUGUGUCAGCGCACAUGUUCAUUGCUUCAGCCAUUAUGCAACCCGUUUCAUGGCACAUGAAGAAGAUUGAAAUUCCACCAAAGGAGCAGGAAUUAAAGAUACUUUUAAAAGAGAAUCUAGACGUAACAACGAUAGUGAAAGACGCAGACAAUACUAAUAUUAAUUUAGAUAAAAUUCACGGCAAAGAGGAUAGCACAGUUAAGAAGAUUAUAGGCUUUAUGAAUACUUUAAUAGACAUAAAACUAUUCAAGAAGUUCUUCCCUUCCAUCGAAUGCGCUGGCUCAACUCUAGUCAUGGUCAAUGAGUUCACAUUUCUCAUGAUUCUUCCACAGGCGCUACAGUCGUUUAAUUGGAGAGAAGAAGAAAUAGCAUGGGCCUUUUCGAUGGUCGGCUGUGGAGAUCUUUUAAUGAGAAUCCUGUUAAUUGUCCUCACCAAAUGGAUAAAUAAAUGGGGAAGCCGUCCAGUUUACGUGUUUGGAAUAAUACUUGGAUGUCUGACGAGAUUGGGAAUGCUUAUCACCAGUAACCAAUUGAUUAUAUAUACCCUAUUCGUAAUAAUGGGUAUGUCUCGUUGUAUUUUACUAGUUGUGAUCCUACUGGUUAUAUCUGAAUCUGUCGAACCGGAUGAGUUCUCUUCAGCGAUUGGAGUGUGUAUGACAAUGAUCGGGGCAUUUAGUUUGACGUUGGGACCGUUGUUAGGAGCUAUACGAGAUUAUACAGAAAGCUACACAAUAACGUUCUACGUUAUGUCAGCUAUCAUGGGCACAGUUGGUGUUGUGUGGACUGUUAAAUUGGUCUUUAAAAAGAAGAGGAAAACCUUGGAAAAGUCUUACGAAAAGUAA